CCCUCUGCGUCACUUUGCGUCAUUUUACCGGGAAUGUUGUACCACGUGUCUCGUGCCGGCGUGUUUGUUCCUCCAAUGCGCGAUUCAUCACUUUUCAUUCCGAAACGAGUCAGGCAGGGAGUGUACUUGCAAGAUGGCGGCGCGGUGGGGAGCAGGCGAGGAGACUUUAACUACGUGCAAUAUGGAAUUUUUCCCUAUGGAUACACUAGGCGAGACUGAUGGGCUGCACUCUGCAGAAACUCUGGAGGCCCUUCAAAGCUGCUUAGACCCCUCCAUUCUUUCUAUCUUUGAGGACACACCAACAAUAGAGACUAAGGGUCUAGAUGAGGAGAGUGAAGCCACGCUGCUAACUGCCCUGACGGAGAUCCUUGACAAUGUGGAUGAUGCGACCCUCUCCCCAUUUGACACACUGCCCGACUCAGACCUGCUGUCAGGUCAGAAGGGCAGGGAACGCUCUCCGCUCAGGAGAUUGCUGUGCCUGUCCCGUUCCCCUCCAGAGAAAGACUCACUAUGUAGUGCAAGAGCCUUAUCAACGGGAAAGAGCCUCCCCAGGAUACUGGCAGACUCUCUCCAGAGAAGUGAUGGGGAGGAAGAGGAAGAUGGCUCCCUCACUCUGAGCCCAGUGAGUCAGGAUUCCUCUCCUUGCAGUGACCUGCUACACUGGGAAGGUCUGACCCUCCCGCUUCCUGUCACCUUUGAGCAGGAGUUUGAAGAUGGUGUUUCCAUUAGCCUGGGGGACUUGGUCAGGCAUAUGCACCCGUACUGUAUGUCCAUUUGUAUGGAGAAUGAUGAAGGUGAACAGAUGUUGCCUGAAGGAGGCAUCUUACUUGAAGUUGUGGACCAGGGUGAAAAUGGAGAACCCAUCCUGGCCAUCCCAGACAUGGAUCUCCCAGUCACUCUUCCCCUUCAAGAGCAAGCUUCAGAAAAUGAGCAGGAAGUUUUUGACGAAGCAGAAGAAGUGGCCUCUGACAGUUCAGAGCAUAUAGUCGUUGACGAUGAAGACGAAGCUCCGGUGAAAGUUGCAGCCCCUGUGACACCAGACCCAUGUUCGGAUGUAAAAUAUGACAUCAUCAUUAAAAGACAGAAGGAAGAGAUAAAAGAGAAAAGCCCCUCUCGGAGAAAAAAGAAAAAGAAAUGCAAGGAACAGUGCAAACCUGAACCUGUGGAUGGAAGGGUCCUAAGGAGUGGCACAGUAAGAAAGACAGCGCAAGAAUCGCCCCAAAAGCCUGAAAAAAGGUCAGUCAAAGAAAAAAAACACAAAGUCCCAAAGGUUACUCUUCUAACUACUCCAGCUUCUUCAUCUGUAAAACCUAAGAAACUAAACCGAUGCCAAACUGAAAAACAAACACAAAUCACCGCUACAACACUAUUGCCUGAAAGGAAUGUGCAAGUUGCCACUGUGUCACCUAGGCAGGAAACGGUGCUGUUAAAUACUAGCCCUGAGAAGAGUGAGCCUAGCAGUUUACCCACAACAUUGAGCUCCAAACAGCCUGAUGAAAUGCCUAAAAAGUCUGCUCUGGCUCCUGAGAAGCUGGAAGACUCAUCAGCAGCUCCCUCUGCUGUCCUGCCCCCGGUGUCUGCAGAGAGCCCUGCAGCUGUUUCUAGUCCUGCAACACCCCAGACACCACCGGUUAGUGAGGUCCUCCCUCAUGUGGCCCCUGCAGUCUCAGAGCCAAAGCCCAAAUCACUCAGCCUUGCGGAGUACCGGCGGCUCCGACAGCAGAAAAAGCCAGCUCCAGUAGAAAAGCAAGACGACAACAGCACCAAGUGGCCCAGCCUUCCAGAGCUUCCUAAAGAGCUUCUCCCCAUUCCCUGCCUGCCUGACCCCAGCCCUAAGGAUCUUCGACGCCCCAAUCCCCAGGCAGAAGUGGAGGAGGUCAGACCUGCCUGGCAGCCAAGGGGACCGUGUGCACCACCCACUCCUGAGGCGCUUUUGAUGCCACCGGCCUACAUGGUUGCCUCAUCCAGCAAGGUUUCCGCCAUUACCCCUGUUCCUAAACAGCAAACACCUGAACCUUCCAAACCUUCUGUGCCCCAAAAGCCCUCAUCUCCUGCCCCUAAUUCAGUGAAGAAUGUACCCACACAUCAACACACCACUGCUCAACCUUCAGUACCAUGUGUGCCUCAGAGCUCUCGGUCUCCAACUUCUUUAAUAGUUGCCGCUCAGUUUGUGUCGUCAGCAAAUGGGAAAUGUUCUCCUGCACAUUCAAGAGGAAAGAGUGGAGUCGAUGAAAGGCCCCAAUCUCAGCCUGCAUUUCCUAAGUUAGUAGAGCUUACUAAAACCGGUCCUAAAACCACUACAUUCAAACCCACCACUGAAACUGUGUCUAAGCCCAGUGCUCCCCAGAGGACCAUUGUUGUUUCCCAGAAGGUGCCUGAGGUUACUGCUUCAAUGUCAUUAAAUAACUCCAACACACCUGAUGGCAAGUUCUUCAAACCCACAGCCAAUGGUACCCAGCUCUGUUCUUCUCCAGCUGUCCAUCCCUCAGACUCCCAGAAUCUGAAGGUCGAACCUGUUGUACUUGAAACUAAAAAGAAACCCACUACAGCAGUGAAACUCCAAAGGGCAAAGAGCCCCACACAGGAGCUGAUUGAGGCCUUCACCAGUGAGAUAGGUAUUCAAGCUGCUGAUCUGACCAGCUUGCUGGAGCAGUUUGAGGAAACCCAAGCCAAAGGAGAGCAAUGUGUGCUGGAGGUCUCUGGUAGAGCAGCAGCUGUAGGAAACUCGAGUGUUGAGUUGGCUCCAGAGAAAACCGUUGUUGAGCGUGUGAGAGCUAAUGACCUCUCAAGUACUGCAGCUUUGACUCCUCCAGCUACUCCUCCCCACCAGAUGUGGAAACCCUUGGCCCCUGUGGCCCUGCUGGGAAAGAGCAAGGUCGCUGAGGCCUCAAAGUCGAGCCCCUCCAAGGUUAUCCAGAUAGAAGCCCGGCCUCUGCCCUCAGUCAGAUCCCGCAGCAAACCCACUCCUGCUGCUGCCACUGUAGCCCCCGAGCUGGCAUGCAUGGACCAUGACUAUUGCCUCCCCAACAAAGGCACUUCCACUGGAGAGCCAGGCAAGCGUUGGAAUGUCAAACAGCCCUCUUUUAUCACUAUUAAACCUAUCAAACAACCCAGUACAACCACUACACAAACACCCUCAGCUGCUUUGCCAUCAUCUGACCAAUCUACCACAAACCCUGCGGUUACAACCAAAACACAAGAGUUUCCACUGACAGAGCCCCUGGAUCACAGGACUGAUAAAAUUGAGAGAAGCUCUGUCCUGGAGACUCCUGAUGCAUCGCCUGCUCGGCAGGAGACUGAUGCUACUGUUGAAGAAGGAAGCCCCAGGAGAGAGCCUUUUGGGAGGUCCUACCACCGGCAUGCUGCUUCUCGCACACCCAGCCCCAGAUCUAGUCCCAAAGAGAGGACUGGAGGCCGGUCUAGGAAAAGAAGAUCCCAUCGUUCUCCCAGCCCUAUGUCCAGUGGUUCAGAGUCAGACUCCCAUUCCUCUAGAUCAAACACACCAGCUAAGAAAAGGUAUCGCCUCCGUCAUUCUGAGAGUAGUUCCAGCUCCUCAUCACGUUCCUCCUCUCGGUCCUCUACCUCGGUGUCCCGCUCCCCUCCCAGGAGGUGGAGGUACUCGUAUUCAUCCUCUCGUUCUGGCUCUUGGAGUGCGUCCAGGUCGCGGUCUCGAUCCCCUCAGAGACGAGCACAAUGUAGUAGAAGCAGAAGAUUGUACAGUCCCUCAUCUAUGUCCAGUUAUGGUCAAAGUGCAACGAUAAAUGUGGAGGAGGUGAGGAGACGCAAGGAGAAAGCCAUUGAGGAUCGCCGGGUUGUUUACGUUGGUCGAAUUCGGGGAACGAUGACUCAAAAAGAACUUAAAGAGCGCUUCUCUUUAUUUGGCGAGAUUGAAGAAUGCACCCUGCACUUUAGAGACCAUGGGGACAACUAUGGGUUUGUGACUUACUACGACACCAAGAAUGCUUUCACCGCCAUCGAGAAUGGAGGCAAGCUGCGCAAGCCUGACGAACUGCCAUUUGAUCUCUGUUUUGGUGGAAGGAGGCAGUUCUGCAAGACCAACUAUGCUGACCUGGAUUCAAAUAGAGAGUACGAACCAUUGCCUGCGAAAAGCAAGUUUCAUGCACUAGACUUCGACACUUUAUUGAAGCAGGCCCAGCAGAAUCAGAAGAGGUAACAGGAGGCCUGCAGCAGGAAGCAGCUGGAAGCAGCUGACACUUACCUCAGAGCCAACCGCUGGCUCCUCACAUGCAACACUGUCUAUACUUUUUAGUUGUUGCAUUAUUUCUUUUGUUUGUUUUUAUUUUAUUUCUGCAAGCUAACACCUUCUAUUGAAGUGAAGAUUUGUAAUGAAAGUAGUAAAAGAAAAAAAAUGGAAUAAAUAAAAUUAAAUUUUUUUUAAAGUUUAUUUAAAUGUAUUAGCAAAUUUGAAUUGUAUGCAGAGAAUCAUUUUUAAAGGAGGAAAGUUAAGUGGAAUGGAGCUCCCCAAUUACUGGGAGAGGUUGUAAUACAUUACAUGUACUACAAACCUAAAUAAAAACAGAACCUCAAAUGUG